AUGUGGCCUGUCUUGGGUGGAUUGGUUCCCACCUUCAUUAAGACAGCACUCACACAGGUGCUCAAGCACUUCCUUCAUGCCAGCCCCUGUCAGGCUGUCAGUGCAGCCCCUGUCAGACUGUCUGUCAGUGCAGCCCCUGUCAGACUGUCAGUGCAGCCCCUGUCCGACUGUCAGUGCAGCCCCUGUCAGAUUGUCUGUCAGUGCAGCCCCUGUCAGAACUGUCUGUCAGCCCCUGUCAGACUGCUGUCCAGUGCAGCCCGUCAGACUGUCUGUCAGUGCAGCCCCUGUCAGACUGUCUGUCAGUGCAGCCCGUCAGACUGUCUGUCAGUGCAGCCCCUGUCAGACUGUCUGUCAGUGCAGCCCCUGUCAGACUGUCUGUCAGUGCAGCCCCUGUCAGUGCAGCUCCUGUCAGACUGUCUGUCAGUGCAGCUCCUGUCCGACUGUCUGUCAGUGCAGCCCCUGUCCGACUGUCUGUCAGUGCAGCCCCUGUCAGACUGUCUGUCAGUGCAGCCCCUGUCAGACUGUCUGUCAGUGCAGCCCCUGUCAGACUGUCUGUCAGUGCAGCCCCUGUCAGACUGUCUGUCAGUGCAGCCCCUGUCAGGCUGUCAGUGCAGCCCCUGUCAGACUGUCUGUCAGUGCAGCCCCUGUCAGACUGUCUGUCAGUGCAGCUCCUGUCAGACUGUCUGUCAGUGCAGCCCCUGUCCGACUGUCAGUGCUAGCAUCACACUACCUGACUCAGAUCUGAAGCGACCACAUGUGAGAUAG